AUGUCGCUCGCCAGACACGGCCGACCCGCCGGGCGCCCCGCGCGCCCGGCAUCCAUGCAGCAAUGGCGGAUUGCCGAACGGACGCAUUGUCGCAUGGUUGGGGUGAGGCCAUUGGCGCCAGUGGCCCCAGGGAGGGGGUCCGCUCUGGGGCCAGUGAAGAUUGGAGCCCCGGGGCGUCGUCGAGGGGAUGAGCAGCGGAGGGCAGCGCUGUCGACGGGGGAUUUGAUGGCCAUCGCCGAUUUGCUGAAGAAUGGGACAGCAACGAUGGGGGCAUACUUGGAGCAGGCUCCCCCAAUGGCCUACUAUUUUUACCUAUUGGGAGCUGGCUUCGGACUGCCUUUCAGUGAAGAUGCCCUGGUAGCUUGGAUUGGCUCUCGCCUGUUUGUUGGCUUCUACCAAUCAUGGGUCCAGGUGGGGACAGUUCUGGCGUAUGUGUACGCUGGAGUGGUGCUGAGUGACAUGAUCACCUUUGCUCUCGGGUCCCUGCUCAAGCGAGGCUUUCUUCAGAGUCUGAAGAAAUUGCUCAUCAGGGACUCAAACAACUUCCAACGUGCUGUAGAAAUCAUUCAGAAGUGGAGUGGGUCUGUGGGUGCAGUACAGCGAUUCUCCCUUGGUUUCCGAGGCCCUUUGUGCCUAAUAAGUGGCUUCAUGGGAGUCGACCCUGCACAAUUUGCGUUGGGCGCCGCUCUUGCGGCACCUUUGACGAUCGCCGCCCAGCUCUCCCUGGGCUAUAUAAUCCGAGAUUGCGGCAACGUCUAUUUGACGACCUUGGCGCUGGUCGCCGGCCCCAACCUUGUGGGCCACACCGUCGGCCCCGUCUUGACAGCCACAUGGCUGUUCUGUGUAUCCAGGGCGCCCAAACCUGCGUCGCCAACUGAUCCACAGGGCGCCUGA